AUGGGGCCAACUCGCGUAUUGUGGCAUAGUGUGCGAAGGUCCUAUCUUGAUUUGGACUAUACUAAACAUAUUCCUAAAGAAUAUAUUGAAAAGGUAAAACGUACAGUACCGAAAAAAAUUUAUACAAAUCGUUAUGGGGCACCUGAUAUUAUUCGUUGGACGUUGCAUCCAAAGGAUUAUGUACCGUCUGAUAGACGUCCUUGGGAAUUGGAUGUGUUUGAAAAGAAUUCCAAGCGAGCUCACGAAUAUCAUCAUCAUAAAUUGAUGCAUAAAUUUUUUGAAUUAAGGCACAAGAAAUCCGUUGCGAUUCCACGAGAAGAAUGGAAUAUAUUUCCGGGAGAUUUAGUUCAAGUUAUGGUUGGUAAGGACAAAGGUAAAACAGGUGUGGUCUUACAAGUUAACAAAGAAACUAAUGCAGUGAUUGUGAGAGGAAGGCAUACGAAACUUGUAGACGAUAACGAAAAAGGUGUUGCAAGUGGCAUGCUUUCAUUCUAUAGAUUGAUUGAGCAACCGUUAUACAUUCAUAAAGGACAAGUGAAAUUGGUUGAUCCAAGUGAUAACGAACCGUGUGAAGCAGAAUGGGUAUUGAACGAAGAAGAAAGUGAAUACAUACGUGUUAGCAAGAGAUCUGGAUUUCAGAUUCCAGUUCCAGAGUUAGCUCAAGCUACUUCUGAAUAUAUUACUGCUGAUCGAUAUGUUGAGGUAGAAGGUAAAGACACACCGGCGAAUAUUGCUCUUGAGAAGACUUACAAACCAGUGCUUAAAUCAUUCGAAGAAGAGAUUGCCGAUGAGAUGGGUAUUCAGGACGAGCGCAAAUUGCAGCCAACAUAUUGGUUUUAG